AUGGCAGAUGCUCCUGUAAUAAAAAGAACACGAGCACGCGUGCCAAGAGUGCGGACUGGAUGCAUCACCUGCAAAAAACGACAUCUCAAGUGCGACGAAGAGAAGCCAUCUUGUCGACAAUGCAUCUCCGCUGGCUUCAAGUGUGAUGGCUACAAGCCUCCCCAACCAGCCAAGCCUCGAGAGACCGUAGCGACGAGCACUUCGGUCGAGGUAGUAGCACCGCUGGCAGCCCAGAAGAGACUGUUGCCAAAUCCUGGCUGCUACGAGCUCAAGCUGUACCAGCGCUACGUAGCUCCGAAGCUCUCCAGUUACUCUGACGCUGGUUUUUGGAACGUUCUUAUUCCGCAAAUGUCACAGACAGAACCUGCAAUACAACACGUGGUGGUUGCGAUAUGUGCUGUGCACAGGGAUAUUGAGUCUAUUCGCAGCUACUCUCAACUGAGCGUCCUCCGGCCUAACCCUCUGGCCAUGAAAGAGGCCAGCCAGGCCAUGCAAAGCCUCUCGCAGAGGAUCAAAUCGGAUCCCUGUUCAAGCCUUGUUCCCCUAGUCGCUUGUCUGCUCUUUACGUGCCUAGAGCUUCUCUGUGGCAACUUCGAAACUGCAAUCGUCCACGUGGCGAAUGGCUUUAGGAUCCUCAACAGUCCCGGUUCUACCGAGCUUGCGGGAAGGUCACAUCAACAGAUCGCAGACAUGAACACGGUUGACAAGGAGGUCGCACCGGUAUUCCAGCACCUGAGUGUGCUUUGCCUGCUGUUCGGGCAGACGCAUGCAUUCGAUACUUACGGCCAUGUUGCAACAACAGAGUUCGCUACGUUCACAUCGUUGGAAAGCGCCCGACUUAAUCUGUUCGAGCUGUUCAGCCAAGUCUUCCGCUUCAUCAAAGUUGCCAGUGACAAGGCUGAUAAGGGGAGCAUUGACUUUGCAGAUCUCAUUGAAAAGGUUAAAUUUGAGCGGCGGCUGCAGCACUGGUACAGCUGUAUGGAGCAGUAUGUUAAAAGUGCAGCCAAAUUAGGCCGCCAUGUCAACGAGAACGCGGUGUACAUCUUGCGCCUGCACCACCGUACCAUACUCGUUUGGCUCUCAGUGUGCCUCUCCGUAGACGGAGUUGACCUCAAUCUUCACACAUCCAACUUUGAAGAAAUUGUCCGCCUCUGCGAGAGUCUCGCGCGAGACUCGCCAUCAAAGCGCAAUUCACCCGGUUCAACAACCACCUCGCCGCCUCAAACAGCAGGAUAUAACAAAUUCUCAUUUGGCAUGGGUAUGAUACCAUCGCUCUACUGGGUUGCAAGGGAGUGUCGCGAUUCCACAAUCCGUAAAAAGGCGUUGGACCUGCUCCUAAGAGCGCCACUCCACGAAAGUCUUUGGGAUGUGCACGUUUUUUACAAGAUUUUCGAGCGCGCCAAGGCCAUAGAGAAAUCUCGAAAGCACAGUCAGAAAAUGCUCUCUCCGGAAGACUGCUGGCGAGGGGAUCUCUCAUUGGCGUCGGAUCAUAAAAUUCUUCUUGAGCUACCUGUACACAACUUUAGACAUGUCCAGACUUACCGGAUCCACAACUGCCUCAUUCCGAACAACUGGUCUUCCGAUCAAAGAUCAGGAGUCACGUUUCGUGCGAAGCCAUGGGGACCACUCGGUGCAUGGCACAUAUGGGAUGAUUCUGUCUAUCUAUGA